GAUCACAAUCGUCCUGGUGCCGCUCAGCGGGGUGCGUCCCUGGCCCUGUUCAGGUAUGAAGAGGCCACUGAGCCCGUCCCCCUCAGGUGAGAAGGAGCCCCCCACAACUGCAGCACCCGAGUGCCCCCCUCACUCUCCAGAGUCAUCAAAACCUAAGCGGGAAAGGAAACGACCUUCCUACACACUCUGCGAUGUCUGCAAUAUCCAGCUGAACUCCGCUGCCCAGGCCCAGGUGCACUGUGGGGGACGUGCCCACCAGCGGAGGCUUCGGCAGCUCAGCCUGGGCAAGACCUCCACAGGGCCAGCAGGCCAGGCCUCCAGCGCCCCCAGCCCACUGCUGGCCUCCUUGACCCUGCCCACCCGGGCUCUGCAAACCCCGCUGGACUUCAAGCACUUACUCGCCCUCCACUUCAACGGCACCACCCCGCUCAGUCUCUUCCCCAACUUCAGCACGAUGGACCCUGUCCAGAAAGCUGUCAUCAGCCACACGUUUGGGGUUCCCUCCCCUCUGAAGAAGAAGCUGUUCAUCUCCUGUAACAUCUGUCACCUGAGGUUCAACUCAGCGAACCAGGCAGAAGCUCAUUACAAGGGCCACAGACAUGCCAGAAAACUCAAGGCUGUUGAGGCUGCCAAGAGCAAGCAGAGGCCUCGAAACCUGACCCCAAACAGGACGGUAGCAUCUUCAGCUUCACCUCCAGCCAGUGGAGGUCCCAGAAGUCCACAGAGCAGAGAUCCUGCAUCCCCUCCUCUCGGCCCUUCACUUCAGCUAUCACCGACCCCAGACACAUCAGCCAGAGAGCCAGCCCACUCAGACCUCUCGGAUGCCGCUGCUUCCUCUUCCUCUUCUUCCUCGUCCUGCCCACCCUGCUCCCCAGAUCCUGGCAGAGAAGCACCAGGGCCUGAGCCAGCAGAAGUGGCUGUGGGAAGUGGAGUGAAUGGGGAAGGCAGGCGUGGAAAAGGGUGCCUCUACUGCCCUACGUGUAAAGUGACAGCAAACUCAGCCUCUCAGCUUCAGGCUCACAACACAGGAGCUAAGCACCGAUGGAUGGUGGAAGGUCAUCAAGGGGCUCCCCGAAGGGGCCGGGGCCGACCUGUGUCCCAGGGAGGGGCUGGACACAAGACAAAGAGAGUGAUAGGGAACCGUGGGGGUCGGCAGGGACCUAACCCUCCUUUCCACUGUGCCCUCUGUCAGCUCCAGGUCAAUUCAGAGACCCAACUCAAGCAGCAUAUGAGCAGCCGGAGGCACAAAGAUCGCCUGGCUGGGAAGCCCCCCAAGCCCUCCAGCCAGCACAGCAAGCUGCAGAAACAGGCAGCACUGGCUGUGAGCGUCCUCAAGUCUAAAUUGGCCUUGCAGAAGCAACUCACCAAGACACUGGCAGCCCGCUUCCUGCCCAGUCCGCUGCCCACCACAGCUGCUGCUAUCUGUGCCCUGCCCGGGCCCCUGGCCCUCCGGCCAGCUGCAACGGCAGCUGCCACCCUCUUCCCAGCUCCUGUCCUGGGCCCGGCUCUGUUCCGCACUCCAGCAGGAGCCGUCCGCCCUGCUGCAGGACCCAUCCUCUUUGCCCCCUAUUAGCGGUCUCAGGAUGGCCACAUCCUCUCUCUUCCUGGCAAGCACUUGUCUCCACAUCCCAGAGACUGCCGUUGGCCAUUUGCGGGUUCCCACCCAACCUGGGGGUAACUGCUCUUCACUCAGACUGGGAUUUUCCCAGUCCCCUGGGUCUGAGGACCGUCAUGACUCUCCUUUCUUGGGCCAGUCCUGGGCUGCCCUACAUCUAUGGCUCCAUGAAUCCCAAAGAUCUAUGCAAGACCAGUCCCAGCCACAUGGUGCUCUCAUACCCCUACCCCAAUCAGACUCACAGUGAAGACCCCACAUCUUAGCUCCCACAAGCCAGCCUCUCUUGCCAUGUUCUAGGACCCUCUGAACAGCCACUGGAAACAGGGAGCUCACACUGACUGGGUUGGAACCUAUUGGCCAUGUUUACCAUAUGGUAGCCAGGUGUGGUGGUACUUGCCCAAAAUCCUGGCAUCUGAACCAUGAGUUCAGUCAGCUUGGGCCAUAUAGCUAGAUACUGUUUCAAAACAAACACAAAAGUUGACCAUGGAGUAUGGCACAGGACCAUGGAGAUAAGAGGCCCCCAAAGUCCUUCAAAGUACUGUAAAAGUGAGGCAGAGUUGAGGGAAGCUCCACCUUCUCUGUAGGGGUGAGGCUAGGUGAGUGGUGUUCAGGCUGGACCUGACUGUGUAGCCCUGG